CCUCCAUUUCCUUCAUUCCGCUGCUCGCGAAAUAGCCGGCUUGUGGUGGAAGACUAGCUUGUGUGUCAGGGUAUCAUGCUGUCGGUUCGUGUCGCUGCGGCUUUGGCCCGCACCCUUCCCCGCAGAGCCGGAUUCAUCCCUAAAAAUGUCGCAGCAGCUUGCGUCGGGGCCAAAAAUCUACACACCACCAGCCCAUGGCUGGCGAAAACAGGAACUGCUGAGGUCUCCAGUAUCCUGGAGGAGAAGAUCCUGGGUGCUGACACAGGGGCUGAGCUAGAGGAGACCGGCCGUGUGCUGUCCAUUGGUGACGGUAUUGCCCGUGUCUAUGGUCUCAGGAAUGUGCAGGCAGAAGAGAUGGUGGAGUUCUCUUCUGGCCUUAAGGGUAUGUCUCUGAACUUGGAGCCUGACAACGUUGGUGUUGUGGUGUUUGGUAACGACAAACUGAUCAAGGAGGGUGACAUCGUGAAGCGUACCGGUGCCAUUGUGGACGUCCCAGUCGGUGUGGAGCUGCUGGGCCGUGUUGUGGAUGCCCUGGGUAACACCAUUGACGGAAAGGGUCCCAUUGGCUCUAAUGAACGCAGGCGUGUGGGUCUGAAGGCCCCUGGCAUCAUCCCUCGUAUCUCUGUGAGGGAACCCAUGCAGACUGGAAUCAAGGCCGUGGACAGUCUGGUGCCCAUUGGCCGUGGACAGCGUGAGCUGAUCAUCGGUGACAGACAGACUGGCAAAACUGCCAUUGCCAUCGACACAAUCAUCAACCAGAAGCGCUUCAAUGAAGGAACAGACGAGAAGAAGAAGCUGUAUUGUAUCUACGUUGCUAUCGGCCAGAAGCGUUCCACCGUGGCACAGCUGGUCAAGCGUCUUACCGAUGCUGAUGCCAUGAAGUACACCAUCGUGGUGUCUGCCACCGCCUCUGAUGCUGCCCCCCUGCAGUACCUGGCCCCCUACUCUGGCUGCUCCAUGGGAGAGUACUUCAGAGACAAUGGCAAACACGCCCUGAUCAUCUAUGAUGACUUGUCUAAGCAGGCUGUUGCCUACCGUCAGAUGUCUCUGCUGCUGCGUCGUCCCCCUGGUCGUGAGGCCUACCCCGGUGAUGUGUUCUACCUCCACUCCCGUCUGCUUGAGCGUGCCGCCAAGAUGAACGACAACUUCGGAGGUGGAUCCCUGACUGCCCUGCCAGUCAUUGAGACACAGGCCGGUGAUGUGUCCGCCUACAUCCCAACCAACGUCAUUUCCAUCACAGACGGACAGAUCUUCCUGGAGACAGAGUUGUUCUACAAGGGUAUUCGGCCAGCCAUCAACGUGGGUCUGUCUGUGUCCCGUGUGGGUUCAGCUGCCCAGACCAGGGCUAUGAAGCAGGUGGCCGGUACCAUGAAGCUGGAGCUGGCCCAGUACCGUGAGGUGGCUGCUUUCGCUCAGUUCGGUUCUGAUCUUGAUGCUGCCACCCAGCAGCUGCUGAACAGGGGCGUGCGUCUGACUGAACUGCUGAAGCAGGGACAGUACUCUCCCAUGGCCAUUGAGGAGCAGGUCACAGUAAUCUAUGCCGGUGUCAGGGGACAUCUUGACAAGAUGGAGCCCAGCAAAAUCACAAGAUUCGAGAAGGCUUUCUUGCAGCACAUUCUUAGCCAGCACCAAGACCUUCUUGGUGCCAUCAGGGCGGACGGUCAGAUCUCAGAGGCAUCAGACGCUAAGCUGAAGGCACUCGUCCUCCAGUUCUUGUCCAGCUUCGAAUAAGUUUCCGCUAUUUGUGUUGUCCAUAUUUGCAUAGUGCUCCAAUUUUGUUUCUACCGACGUCAAAAAAUAUGCAGCACUUGAUCUUUAAUGUACAGAAGUCUCCCAACAGAGAAUAAAGUGUUCUACUCCAA